AUGAAACACCCAACAGACAAAGAAAAGAUCCCCCUCCUCAACCCCCGCCCCUACUACGGCACCGACUGCAUCGGCCGCCGCACCCACGGCCUCGCCGUCUCAGAAGAAGGCCACCUGUACCAAUCCUACGGCGUAAUCACAGAAAUAAUGGAGCUCCCGCUGUUCGUGUUCGUCGAGCCCGAGAACGCCGCUGCAGCUGCAGGAUUCAAGCCGUUCACGUACAAUGCGCUGAUGGAGAAGUGCUGUAGGCUGAAUAUUGCGCGCAAUACGGGCAGGCUUGCCUAUUGUCCUGUUAGGAGUGGGGUUUGCCGUGGGGGCGUUUGGUUGGCCCCUGCUGGGGAUUUGUUGGUUGGGGUUGGGAGGAUUGUACAGGUUAAUAGCCUUCCGAGGGUUUCGUAUGUUUAUAUUGUUGAGCCGGUGGAGGAGGACGAGGCGUUUUAA